UGACAACGCUACUCUCACCUACCCAAAGCCAGAGAACUUCAACAAAUCAGCUUGCAGACGAUGCAGGAAAACCAGCAGCACAGGUGGAGGUGGUCUGUAAGGUCCUGGGCCACACCCCUGCCUUCCCUUUUGCAACCAAGUGUCUAGAAGGAUGAACCACCAGCAGCUCAGACCAGAGCAGACCUUCGAGGAAGAUGCAGCCACUCCUGCUCUUGUUGGCCUUUCUUCUGCCCCCUGAGCCUGGGACAGGAAUCGUCAUCGGCGGACAAGAGGCCAGGCCUCACUCCCGCCCCUACAUGGCAUUGAUUCAUGCUCUGCAUGAGGGGAAGGUCCAGAGGUGUGGUGGUGUCCUUGUGGAAAGGGAUGUUGUUCUGACGGCUGCUCACUGCUGGGGAAGCUCAAUCAAGGUGACCCUGGGGGCCCACAACAUCCUGAAUCAAGAGAGGACCCAGCAGGUCAUCUCUGUGAAAGAAGCCAUCUGCCAUCCAGACUAUAAUCCUAAGAAGUCCUCCAAUGACAUCAUGUUACUAAAGCUGGAGAGAGAGGCCAGGCAGACUGCAGCUGUGCAGCCACUCAGCCUGCCCUGGGGCCAGGCCCCAGUGAGGCCCGGAGAGGUGUGCAGUGUGGCCGGCUGGGGGAAAGUCUCAAUAGACACUUUAGCAACCACUCUGCAGGAGGUGGAGCUGACCGUGCAGCAGGACCAGGAGUGCAAAUUCUACUUUAGCAAUAAUUACAACAGUACCACUCAGCUGUGCGUUGGGGACCCGAAGGAAAAGAAGUCUUCCUUUCAGGGGGACUCUGGGGGCCCUUUCAUGUGUAAGAAUGUGCUCCAGGGCAUCGUCUGCUGUGGACAAAAGAAUGGGAAACCUCCACGGGUCUUCACCAAAGUCUCGAGCUUCUUGCCCUGGAUAAACGAAACCAUGAAAUCCUAUGAAAAGCCUCUAACUGUAGGAACAAGCCCACCUUCUCUGGAGCUGAUCCAGAAUGUCACCAGCAACUAAAUAAAUGUCUCUGAGCUGAGCA